UUCCCAGUCUCCAAAUCUUGAAAUUUCUCUGCUCCUCCAUGCCGCAUUCUCUCUCUCUCUCUCUCUCUCUCUCUUCAGACUUUGGAGUGAUUUAUUUACUUUUACUCAAUUUCUCUCUCUCUUCUUUAAAAAAACCAACAACUUUCUCUCUCUAGGGUUUCGAAGGGAAAAUUUCAUAGCAGCAGGGGGGGCACCCCGCCCUAAUUGUAGGGUUCCUGCGACUUACAUAACGAGUUUAUUGUGUCUAUCGGAUUCACGAGGGGUUUCAAUUUGUUUUUUUUUUUAAUUCCUGGGGAAAAAGAAACGGAAGAGGGAAUCAGCUCGUUUUAGCGGCGUAGUGGAUCACCGUUUUUGUGCUGUAAUUUCGUCGUUGAUUUCUUGUUUCUGGUUAUAAGUUCAUGGUGUUCUAUAGAUGCUGAAUGAUUGCUAGUAUGGACUUAAAUGCUUCGCCAUUACCUGAAGAUGAUGAAGAGACAUAUGAAAGACAUAUAGAACAUUACUCUGCACCAGAAGACCAUGUAGAGUCCGCAGUUGAAAUUUCACGGCGGGAACGUGAAGAAAGACGGAAGAGAUUGAGAAGAGACCGACCAGAUGACCGGCCUGUGCAUGUCUCUCAGCCUUCUAUACAUGAUCACUUUUAUCAAAAUAGGAAUCCCAGGGCUUAUGAUAGGAGUAGGAUCCCUCCUGGUUGGCUGGAUUGUCCUUCGGUUGGCCAGGAAAUAGGCUGCAUCAUUCCUUCUAAGGUUCCACUUGGUGAAGCUUACAAUGACUGUGUACCUCCUGGUAAAAGAUACUCUUUUAAACAAGUGAUUCAUCAGCAAAGAGUUUUGGGAAGAAAGCUUGGUUUGGUGAUUGAUUUGACAAACACAUCUCGUUACUAUCAAACUACAGACCUUAAGAGAGAAGGAAUUAAGCAUGUAAAGAUUCAAUGCAGGGGAAGGGAUGCUGUACCAGAUAAUGUGUCUGUAAAUACGUUUGUUUACGAGGUGUCACAAUUCCUUCUACGUCAGAAGUCAAAGAAAUAUGUUCUUGUCCAUUGUACGCAUGGGCAUAACCGCACUGGAUACAUGAUUAUACACUAUCUCAUGCGUUCACAAUCAAUGUCUGUUACUCAGGCAAUAAAAAUUUUUUCGGAGGCACGUCCUCUGGGUAUCUACAAACCGGACUAUAUUGAUGCCUUGUAUGCAUUUUAUCAUGAAAGAAGGCCUGAAAUGGUUGUCUGCCCACCAACUCCUGAGUGGAAGAGGUCUUCUGAUCUUGAUCUCAAUGGUGAAGCAGUUGCAGAUGAUGAUGAUGAUGGAGGUCCAACUGCAUUACAUGACAAUCAUGAGACAGAUGUCAUGUUGACAAAUGAUGACAUUUUGGGAGAUGAAAUACCUCAUGAUCAGCAGGAAUCACUGCGGUUAUUCUGCUACCAAAUGUUGAAGUUAAAUCCUGGGGUUAGAGGACAUUCGCAAUUUCCAGGGUCACAUCCAGUUUCGCUCAACAGGGACAAUUUGCAACUUUUAAGGCAACGUUAUUAUUAUGCCACUUGGAAAGCGGAUGGAACACGAUAUAUGAUGUUAAUAACUGUUGAUGGAUGUUAUUUAAUUGAUAGGAGUUUUAAUUUCCGAAGGGUUCAGAUGAGGUUUCCGAGUAAACACCCACCUGAAGGUAUAGGGGACAGAACUCAUCAUUUCACAUUGCUUGAUGGGGAGAUGGUAAUUGAUACCAUGCCAGACUCUCAGAAGCAAGAGAGAAGAUAUCUCAUCUAUGAUAUGAUGGCACUUAACCACGUGCCUAUCAUUGAGCGGCCUUUCUGUGAACGAUGGAAAAUGCUUGAAAAAGAAGUGAUUGAGCCUCGAAAUUAUGAACGCCAGAACAUUUACCAGAGCAGGAAUCCUUAUUACCGAUAUGACCUUGAACCCUUCAGGGUGCGGAGGAAGGAUUUUUGGUUGCUCUCUACCGUAAAUAAGGUUUUGAAGGAAUUUAUCCCCAGGCUCUCUCACGAGGCAGAUGGUCUUAUUUUUCAGGGCUGGGACGAUCCUUAUGUACCUCGCACUCAUGAAGGUCUUCUGAAGUGGAAAUAUGCUCAGUUGAACUCUGUUGACUUUUUAUUUGAGAUUGGUAGUGAUGAUCGGGAACAACUUUUUCUCUACGAACGGGGAAGAAAGAAGUUGAUGGAAGGGAAUACAGUUGAAUUCAGAGGUGUUUCAGAUCCUCCUCCUUCAUUCUCUGGGAAGAUUAUCGAGUGUUCUUGGGAUCCUGAUCAACAUGUGUGGAUCUAUAUGCGAAUCAGGACGGAUAAGUCAACUCCUAACGAUUUCAAUACUUUCAAGAAGGUUAUGCGAAGUAUAAAGGAUAAUAUCACAGAGGAAAUCUUAUUAAACGAGAUUAAGAUUAUUCGCUUGCCCAUGUAUGCUGAUAGAAUAAAGAUUGACAGCAAGGCCCACCUGCAUACAAAUUCAGCACGACGCAAGUGAUGGAUAGAAUGCCUGGUUUGUUGUCCAGUCGAUUGAGGUAUUGGAUGCUUGAGUGUGCCUUUCAUUGCCUGUGUGUUAAAAGUGCUUUCAGGUUUCUUUUGGUAGGAGGUUAGGUGCAUACUUGGGCUGUUGAGCACGCAUCAUGUAAAGGGUCACUGGUUUGUCAUGUAAUUAGCUAUCCCCUUCCUAGUCAGUCUUGUAGUACUGCAUGUGCUACGCUGGUGAGUUGUAUGAUCCAGGUGGUACACUUGAAUAGUUCCGUGACAUUCAGGUCUGAGACUAUUUUUCUUAUAGUUGUUCAGAUCAAGAGGAUUAGCACUAGGGUAACCAUGUAUAUUAGUGUUAAAUUUUUCUUCUUA